CUACUUCUCAAAAUGGAGCACAAAAACCCUAUUAUUUCAUGGUCAUUCUUUAUUACUUUGCUUUGCAUUCAUUUCAUGAUUGAUUUUGUGAAAGCCUUUGAAGUUCACUCUAAAGCAUACAUGAUCGAUGCGGCCAUCCAAAAUAGAUCCAUCCUGGAGCAAGGUGGUAUUGGAAACGAUGCAUGUGCAGGCAUUUUGGGGCCCAAUUGGCAGAACGUGGCCAAGCAAAAUAGUACUGCAUGCCCGAACUUAGUUGUGUGGGUGCCAAAGAAACCAGGAUUCACUGAGUUUGUAAAAGUCAACGAAGCAUUUGAAGUAGAAGGGGGACUCUCCAUAGCCAUAUUCUGUCAUGCAUUACAGUUAUUGCCUUUUAACAUUCAGCCUAUCUUCAUACCUUUCGUUAAUGAAAAAGGGGAAAGCAAGGGUACCUAUAAUGACCUUAUAUACCACAUUAAAAACCAGACUUGUGAGGCUGUGGCAGGUGAUAUUACUAUACGUUUAAAUCGAACGCAAUACGUUCAAUUUACGACUCCGUAUCUAAGCUCUGAAGUUUAUAUGCUUGUGCAUGGUGCACAAGACUGGAACCAAACCCUGUUGACAUUCAUCAAACCUUUUACCUGGAGAUUAUGGAUCACAAUAAUUGGUGCUUGUAUCUUUAUUGGAGUUGCAAUUGCAAUUUUGGAAUACCGUGUUGGCAAUCCGAGAUUUGCAAUCCCGUUCUAUCAGAAACUCAUAAUGGUCAUCUGGUUUCCUAUAUCGACUUUCUUCUUCCAUGAAGGAAAGAUACUCAAUAAGUGCUCCAAAGUUGUGCUUAUUAUGUGGCUAAGUAUGAUUUUCAUAGUAAUUCAGAUUUUUACAGCUAUGUUGUCCUCAUGGUUGACGCUCAAUCAGCUACAUCCCAGGUUGCCUUCGAGUUUGGAUAAUGUCGGAUAUCAAGACGGUACCUAUCUAAAAGAUUUUAUAACGCAAAAUCACAAUCAGUAUCGUAUUGGAAAUAAUCCAGUGCCUUUAAAAGGUAUUGAAGAUUUUGAAAAAGCUUUAUCCAAUGGCAGCGUAAAUGUUGUUCUUGAUGAGCUUCCGUAUGUCGAACUCUUUCUUGCUAAGUAUGGAUCUGAUUACAUGAAAUUUGGACCGAUUGAACGAGCAUCUGGACUUGCAUUUGCAUUCCCUCAUGGAUCUCGUUUAGUAGAUGAUUUUUCUAGGGCAAUCAUAAAUGUCACUGAAAACGAUCUUGUGAUGAAACUGAUGGAAAAGUAUCUGGGAAUCUAUACUGCUUAUAAGUCGGAACCUAACCAGCCCCUUCCAAAAAGUCUUGGCGUUCAGAGUUUCCUUGGAUUAUUCAUAUUCAUUGGCAGUGUGACUCUAGCCGCCAUUAUCUUGUCAGAAAUCUCACUUUGGUCUAGAAAUAAUAAAACCAUUCCCAUAUCAACAGUUGCUUCGAACUAUCACGGAUGUCUGCCACCUAUCGUUGUUAACCUACCAACUGUCACGGAUUCCCCGCCACCUAUCGCGGUUAACCCGCCAACUGUCACGGAUGUCGCGCCACUUAUAGCAUUUAACCCGCCAACUAUCGAGGAUGCCCCGCCAACUAUUGCAAUUUAA